CAAAAUCCCCUGCUCGUUCAGUUCAUCCAGAGGGAUAAGAGGAGCACCACGGGCGGCGCCGCAACUAGUGCAGGUCAGCCAAUCGAGCGGCGGUGCGGUGACUCCAGCGAGCACGGGCGCGUCUACUCCGGCGACCUCGGAGUCUCGGUCCGCCACGAGCGGCACUGCCGGCUAUCCAAUCGAGAGGCGGGGGUACACAGGAGCGCGGCCACUCCGGCGACCACGGACCUCCCCAAGGUGCCGGCCACCAUUCUCUUCUUCGUCCUCGGCGCAUCUCGGUCGGCCGCCGGUUGGUACUUUGGCUUGGGCCCUCACUGCCGCUGGCAAUCAGAGUUCGUGGAAAGCAAAUCAGAGCGGGGGGACUCGGAAUUCCUUCACCAAUCAACAGGGAGUCCAAAUAAUUUCAGUGUUCCAGUCUGGAUUAGGAUUUGCUUCACCCACUCGGAGUCGGGGUGAGCCCUCGGCCGGCGAUCUAUAAGUAUUGGCAGGACCUGCCUGUUCUCUCAUCAAGACUGCGACUUUCCAACAGAGGCUCUGCUCUGCUUUAAGCCAUGGAGACCUGUAGCAUAGUAGCCAGGAUAAUCAGUUUGCAAGACCUAGCUAUGUACCGGCACAAGUUGUGCUCUCUAGUCUUCAGACUUUUGCCCAGGCUGCUAGGCUUCCCUCCACUCAAGAAAUUCUGCAAAGAUGAACAUGUUCAUGUGGCACUGUCAGAGACCAAGAUGGCGGCCACAUUGCCGGAGCUGCCGCAGGACAUCUUGAUGGUUAUCUUUGCCGUUCUCGAGAUCCCUGACCUCGUGCGCGCUGGCUCGGUCUGUUCAUCCUGGCACUCCGCAUACGCCGAGCUACGCACUCUUGGGAAGUACAAGAAGGGUCAGACGCCUUGCCUGGUCUACACCUCUGAAUCUGAUCCUUAUGAUGUUUUGUCCCUCUACAGCCUCGCCGAGAAGAGGUCCUACAAGUUAUCUCUGCCGCAGCCACCUAUCCGCAGCAGGUAUUUGAUUGGGUCCUCACAUGGCUGGCUCGUUACCGUCGACGAGAGAUCUGAGAUGCACCUUCUGAAUCCAAUCACCUGUGAACAGAUUGCUCUCCCUUCAGUGACCACCAUUGAGCAUGUGAAGCCCAUAUUUGAUGAGUAUGGUGAUGUCUGCGAGUACGAGAUGUCAUGGCACACUGGGACGCACAGAGGUCAUAAUCCGCCAUCCAUCUUCGCUCUUGCCGAGCUGAGGGGUAGACUCUAUUGGAAGGCGUUUGUAUUUCCUGAUACAUCCUCAGGAGGCUACAUUGUGGUGCUCAUCCACAAUCCACAAUGCCAGCUCUCAUUUGCAAAGGCAGGGGAUGAUAAGUGGACCUGGCUACCGCCUGAUUAUCUCUAUGAUGACUGCACUUAUAAGGAUGGCAUAUUGUAUACAGUGAAUGUAAAAGGAGAAUUCCACGCAUUCGAUCUUAGUGGCCCUGUGGUCACUGUGAAGAUGGUUAUAAGGGUACCCGAGCAUUAUGAUUGCGAUACCAGGUACAUUGUUCAAGCUCCAUGGGGCAGUCUGCUACUUGUGCAUAGAAUAGUUGGUGACCAUGAUUUAGAACCUGAGCCUGGUGCAUCUGAAUACUGGAACACUAAGGAGAUUCAAAUAUUUGAGAUUGAUGCUCUUUGGAGCGAAAUUAAGGUGAUCCAUUGCCUGCGUGACCAUGUGUUAUUUCUUGGUCAUAAUCUAUUGCUCUGCCUCACUGCUGAUGAAUAUCCCGCACUCAAGGCAAAUCGUUCCUAUUUUACUGACGAUAAUUUUCUAUGGACACUGCGACAUAAGAACAGUCAUCGUGAUAUGGGAAUGCUUAAAUUGGAUGAUAACAGCAGGGAGGAGCUUGUAUCUCCUCAGCUUUGGUCCAACUGUCCAGCUCCAAUGUGGAUUACUCCUGAUCUUAGAAAGAUCAACGCGAUAGGCUCAAUGAGCCAACAACUGUGAAGUGAACUGCUACAGUCACAAUUAACAUAACGUGCAGUGUAGCAAGGCGGCACUACUCGAGUCUCGAGAGAGAGGUCCUGUCUAUGCUGCAAAAAUGGCCGGCCGAGGGAGUGCUCAACAUCAACAUCCUUUUCUGCUCAGUCUUUUGAUGACGCUGCUGGUGUGGGUAAUCAGAGAUAAUAUAUGCAGGUGUUUUCAGAAAACCAUGGAGAAGACGGAAUCAUCUUGUAGUUACAACAAUCUGAUAGUUUUUAUGUUUCAAAUAGUUUGCUCAAAUAUUGUACAUAUUUUCUACAUAGUUUAUUGCGAGAGAUAAAAUAAAUAUAUGCUAGUUCGGCGUUGUUACAGCAAUAUAACAGUGUUGUUUCCUACAGAAAUAAAAAUAAAAUAUAAGAGCUCU